GUACAUAAUAUAUUUCCUUUUGAUUUUUGAGGUGGAAUUUCAAGAAACCCCAAAUACACAAGAGGUCCCAAUUUGUACAAUAAAACUUCAAUGUACAUCUUACCCUUACUUGUUAGACCCCACCAUUUAACCCCUUUCCCUUCCACCACCACGCCAACUCCACAUACAUAGUACGCCGGUACUACCUCAUUCUUUCACAUUUGCUUCCUCCAUCCAUUCCUUCUUUUUUUCCUCCCAUUUUCUUCACUUGUAUCUAUAGAACGAGUUCCCUUUAAUCUCCCUCCAAACUUCUCUACUAAAUCAAAAUAAACCCUUUCAAUCUAACCAAAAACCAAAGAUAAAUAAUGGACAAGGCGGCAGCAACAACAACAACAAGCUCUCUAGAUCAAACACAUGAUUUCAUGAACGUAGACUCCUUCUCUCAACUCCCUUUCAUACGCCCCGCUCCAACGACGAGCACCAAGCCUAGCUCCUGCUCCUCAGCUGCAGGCAUCCGCCUCUUUGGCAUCGACUUCUCCUCAUCCUCCACCACCGCCACCGACAACUCAGACUCCGGCGAUAGCAACAACCUUGAAAGUAGCAAAGACAACACAAACAAUAAUAACAAUAGAGAGAAUACUAAUAAUAAUAACAACAUGAGUAUUAGUAGUACGGAGAGUGGUAGGAAGUUCGAGUGCCACUACUGUUGUAGGAACUUCCCUACUUCUCAAGCCUUAGGUGGACACCAAAAUGCUCACAAGCGCGAACGCCAACACGCGAAACGCGCACACCUUCAGUCCGCUAUGUUGAGCGCUGAUCCCAACCAUCACCACCACCACUUCUAUAAUAACUAUUCACACCCUCACCAUCGAACUACUACUAAUAACUCUUACUACCCUACCUCACUUUCUACCACCCCUAGUUACUCUUAUCAUCAGUCUCACCAACAUCAGCAGCAUCAGCAGCAGCAUCAUCCGCCUACAAUCAAUGGCAGUCCGCUCGCCGUGUGGCGGAUCCCUACUUCUGUCCAUUCUCAUUCAUCACUACUUCAUCAGCAUCAUAAUUUUGCCACUGGAAUUCAUCGUGACCGUUCAUUGCACCCUUUGCCGCCUUUGUUGGCUGGAUCUCAUUCACCUGCUUUUACCAACAUUGAUACUACUUCUGCUUCUAAGGGUAGUUCAAGUAUUAAUAAUAAGAAUAAUAUGAGUAUAAAUAUGAGUAUAAGUAUGAGUUCUUCUCAUCAGAGUCAAGUACGCCGGAGCAGUAAUGACCAAUGUUGAUCAGAGCUGGUGCGGUGGUCUGGGAGGCUCCUGCCUCAUUGCGUCGCAAAAGUGGCACAUAUAACAGGUGAUAAGGCCUGCAAAUUUAAAGUUUCUGUCAAAAUGUGAGAACUUAAUUGUACUUUCCUAUGUCCACAUUGGGAUUUGAUUAGUUUCUUAGAUUAUACUAAAAAUAUGGUGUGUUUUGCGUUUCCUCUCCAAAUACUCCUUGUACAGUUUAGGAAUUUUCAACAAGUUUAAAUUUAUGAUUUCUUAAUGUAUGAUUAUGUUAAAAUUGA